AUGGAACAUAUGGAUCACUUUGGAAUUGUGUUCGAUAGCCCGAGAGGUUAUGCACCAGGUCAAACUGUUACUGGGCAGGUUGUUUUGAGAUCCAACGAGCCAAUCACUGCCCGAUUCUUGAAAAUCUGUUUUCACGGUGCUGCGCAUACGAAGUGGAGUGAAGGGGAACGACGAUACAGAACUAAUUGUGAAGGAAAAGAGGAAAGUUAUACUGAAAUUGUGCACUACUCUGCAGAAGUUGACUACGUCUCUGGAGAAACGAUUGCAUGGAGUGCAAGAAAUGGAACUGUAAGUCUUAAAUUGGAAGUGUAAUGUACAAAAGACGAUCUUGAGUAUUUAGUUUCAUGCCUUUAACUUCA